GCAUGUGAUUGGCUGAUCAGAGCUUUGGCUUCUGGAAGUGUGUGAUUGGCUGAUCAAAGCUAUGACCUGCCGCAUUAAAACUAUUAACUGAAGUGAAACAGAUUUAAAUAGAUUUAAGAGUGCUGAUGUUUCCUAGAAAAGCACCUAAACAAGAUCUUGUAAUGUGUGUGCGUAUAAGAGAGUAUAUAAAGACGGCAGAAGAUGUAGCAGUUGCGGUGAUUCUGAAUAAAGUGUCAGUUCUUCUUGCAGUUUGUGUGUUGUUUGACUUCGUCAUGCAGCAAAUCUACACACAGAGCCAUGAAGAGUUUGAAGUGUUCACCACUGUUCUGUCGCCUCAAGUUUGUCGGAAGAGAGUGAUUUUCAAGCACCAAAGGGAAAUGGUGGUUGUGGCAGCAGACUACAGCGCAGACUGUGAUGAAGAGCUGAGUGUCCGUGCCGGUGAGGUGGUGUUGCUGCUGUAUCAGGAGAAUGCUGACUGGUGUUAUAUCCGACUUCAGAACGGAAAGGAAGGAUACCUGCCCACAGCCUGCUUCACUACGACGCAGGAGUCAUUGAGGCCCAUUGUGACUCAGGCAUCGCAGAGCUUUACACAAACGUCAUCUAAAGAUCGGAUUGGCUGCUCUGGAGGGCGUUCUCUUAAACUGCUGCGGCGAGCGUCUCUGUCAGGAGUGCCAGGUUCACCUCGAUUGCUUCAGCGGCUGCUCUCUCGUCGACGUAGUGACGGACAUGCUGUACGUUUGAUCGGCUCCAUCAAUCCUGCAUUUCAUCCUGACUGAUGCAUCCAACCCCAGAGCUCCACCUUUCUCUUCUAAAUGGGUCACAGAACAGCAGAAACUAGGACAAGUGUGACACCAAAGUUCAGUCUGUAUGCAACUCCUUCAGAUUUGGAGAUGAAACAGAAUUUGGUGUCCUGAUUAGGGUUUGGGGCCUCGGUAACUUUGUAGCCAGUUCAUGGCACUGAAACUGAAACUGGUGUUAAGAAUCUUUACCAUUACUGCCCCGUGUAAAUAUGUAAAUAUUGUGAUUUUGAUCGGAAAUGUCACACUCUUCUUCACCUAUGAAUGUAUUUGAUAUGUAUGUGUUUUGACUAAUAAUACCGAAAGACUA